ACAGCUUCUUCAGAGAACCCAGGCGUCCGGCCGGGCCCCUGCACUCGCCUCUCUGCAAGGCCAGGGCAGGCAGCGACCCCCUGGGGAGGGGCAGGGCCAUGGGGCGUCGGCCCGGGAGCUGGGACCCCCCCGCAUGGAGCGGCCCCUGGAAAGGGCUGCUGCUGGCAGCCUCCGUCCUGGGCUCCUGCCUCCAGCCGGCGCCGGCCCAGACCCCAGUGACCAUCGUCCUCACCCCGCCGAGCCCUGUGGUGGGAGGGGGCGUCAGCCUGGCCCCGCAGAAUCCGCCACAGGACUUCGUGCUCUGCAGCUGGUACCGAUCAGCGACCGCUGCUGAAACCAGCCGGAUCCUCACCUGCUUCCCACAAACCCCCCUGGUUCAGCAGAACGGCUCGGCCCACACGGGGCGGGAGACAGUGGGGCCGGGCUGCGCCCUGCACAUCGCGGGGUUAACGCUCAAUGACACCGGGAGCUACACGGUGCAGAUACAGAGCCCGACUAGCCCCGGCCUCGGCACGGUGGUUCUGCGCGUCUAUGAAAUGCUGCCCAGGCCCACGGUGACACCAAACCAAACCCUCGUGCUUGAGAACGAGACCUUCACUCUCAGGUGUAACAGCUCCCCCAGCGCUGACACCGUGCUCUGGCUCCGGGACGGGGCAUCCCUCGCGUCCAGUGACCGGCUGGUUCUGUCCUCUGACAACCGGACUCUCAAUGUGCUGAAUGUCACCCGGGGCGACGCCGGUGCCUACCAGUGCGAGGUUGGGAACCCCGUCAGCUCCAUACGCAGCGAGCCCAGCACCGUGACGGUGGCCUAUGGGCCGGAGUCCGCCAGGAUAGAGCCAUCAGAGCUCCUCCCCCAGCUCUUGGGGUCCCUUGUGCACCUGACGUGCGUCUCUGAGUCCGUCCCAGCCCCGCACUAUCGCUGGGUUUUCAAUAGCACUGAAUUAAAGGAGACGGGGAGCAGCUUGACCCUUAAUCUGACAAGCUUUGAUCAGCAGGGCAUGUACAUGUGCCAGGCACAUAACCCCAUCACCAGCCUGACCAAGAACAGCACCAGCCUGGUAAUCCAGGUGCAGGAAAUGCUGCCCAGGCCCACAGUGACACCGAACCAAACCCUAGUGCUGGAGAACGGGACCUUCACCCUCAGGUGUAACAGCUCCCCCAGUGCUGACACCGUGCUCUGGCUCCGGGAUGGGGCGUCCCUCGUGCCCAGUGACCGGCUGGUGCUCUUCCCUGACAACCGGACCCUCACGGUGUUGGGUGUCACCCGGGAUGACGCCGGCGCCUACCAGUGCGAGGUCAGGAACCCCGUUAGCACCAACUGCAGUGAGCCCAGCACCGUGACAGUGGCCUCUACCCCCAAUGUCUCGGGGGGGGGCCUGUCGCCUGGAGCCAUCGCCGGGAUCGUCAUCGGGUCGCUGGCUGGGGCGGCGCUGCUUGGGGGCCUGCUCUACUUCCUGCUCCGCAAAACUGAAGGUGGGCCCAAGCAGCACUCGCCCGUCGGAGGCCAGGCCGCGCCCACCCACAACCAGGGCGAUAGUGACAACAAACCUACCUUGGGCGAGGAAGACGUUCAGUAUUCUACACUCGCCUUCACCGCAGGAGACCAGAAGCCACCGCCCGGGCCCCAGCCCCCCCCAGAGAGCGGCACUGUGUACUCGGAAAUCAGAAAAAAAUGACUGUGAUUUGCUUGGGACCUCGGGAAUCACUGCACCCCCCCCACACCACCCAGGGGAGCUUCUGCAGCUCCCCCCCCCCGCAUGAAGCACUCACUGGGGGGCAGCUCCGGUCCCACCUACCCCUGCUCGCUGGGCACAAUGAGUGUGAUACUCUCCCCAGGUGAGACCGUCAGGACUCCUGAGGGGCUCUGGGAGGGGAGAGAGGUCUAGUGGUCAGAGCAGGGAGCUGGGAGCCAGGACUCCUGGGUUCACAUCUGCUUUGCACAGGGGUCAGGGCUGGGGGUGUGUGCUGUGCAGUGGGGGAUGAUCUGUGUGUGGGGCUGGCAGAUAACGAUGACACCCCAACCCCAGGCUGCACUGUCAGUGCUGGCUGGGCGUGGGGCAUGGAUCUGGGCAGCCUCGGUGCAGGGGUGAGAUGGCGCCAUCACCCCAUAGCAUCUCAGCCCAGAGCCCUGUGCCCCCAGCUCUCCGCAUCCCCCUCCCCGAGCUUCCCGCUGUCAGACAGCCUCCAAGGUGCAGGGCGGUUGUGCUGCUAGGGGGGUGAUGAUUGUGUGGGGUGCGGGGUGUUGCUUACAGUGGAUGGGACUGGCUG